AACAAAAAAGAAAAGUGAGAAAAAAACAGCCCUUAAAUUACGAACAAGUGAACCACAACACAAACACCCCAAAGACGAAAAAGGGGGAAAUCUCAACAUUAAACUUACGCACUCAACUAACUCGCUCACAUCAUAACAGCCAGCCAUCCAGCCAACCAACUUUAAAGAGCAAAACAAAUUGUAAAUUACAUCUGAAUGAUUAUCGUGCUGCUGUUAUUUUUUAAAUCAAUCUGUCUUUAUUGUCAACGUUUAGUUUUGCACGUACACGACCGAUGGAUCAAUCCAAAAAAUGUACGCCUCCUAAGGGAAGCUGCUGAGGCCAACGGCUCCAAAUUUCAAAUCGAAGAAUAUCGUCAAAGUAAAAAGUCCAAGAGAAGACGUUGCACAGCUAACAACUCAGCAUCCGGUAACUUCUCGCCCCUGUCAAACUCGUUGGCUGACAACGACAGUUGUCGCUUUUGUGCCAAUACGCCUCAAGGUUAUUGUCGUCAUCAUUUCCAUUUGCAAGAGUUGCAUGUACAAAAACAACAGAGACAACAAAAAUUUUGGUGUCCCUUAUCCGGUGUAGUUGGCGGUCCGAAUCGUUCUACAGAAUUUCGCCAAUUGCGUAAAAUAAAACGUGAUCUUAAGCGUAAUAUCCAGCAGCAGCAACAACACAAUUCGACAAAAGCACAAACAGUUAUAUAUGAACGUUCCACCUACACUACCACCACCAACAGCUACCCGCCGCCUUCACCUUCACCACCCUCCUCGACCUACCAAUCAAAUAGCGUGAAUUCAUCAUAUUUUACUAAUGAUUCAGGCUAUCAAACGAUAUCUGUGAACACAUCAUCUACCUUAGAAAGCGAAGAAAAUAGUGACUUAGUACAACAACACCAACAAUCAGAUUUAGCGUCAGUGGCGAACUCCAAUUCCACCUGCGAUUAUGUCGACAUAGAUUUACCUUCGCCGUCUGCAUCUCUUGUAGAAACUACUUAUAGUUUUGAAACAUGCUGUGAAACGCCACGCCGUUCGUCCUCAUCAAUACCAAAGACUGCAUCGUACAAUAGCUUUGUGUCAUGUGAUUAUUCGACAUUGUCCACAUCUUAUUUGUAGGAAGUAGCGCAAAGUAACGUAGUUGGGUACUCAAAUUCAUCUACAUCUAGGACUAGAAAACAAUUAUUGCAAAAAUUGCUGCACUUAGGAAUCAAUAAAAAAACAAACAAUACUUGAAAUCAUUUUGCAAAAAAAAAGAGAAAAAAUUCUUAUCGAUAAAGGACCCUUAAGAAACUACUCCAAGUAUACAAAAACACAGACAAUAGUAGGAAGAAA